UUGCAGGUGAAUUGUGUAUUAUCAACGUCAUUAUCAGCACCAAUAAUACUCAAACAGCGGCUGAAAUCAUUCGGUAAUUAUUGCGGAAAAUUUUGCACUGAAGACUGGGGCAACGAUCAUAAUGGACGACGAGUGUACGGUUCGAUAAUGUUAAGCGUACAGUUCCUCGUACCGCUCAUAAUCAUCACGUUCUGCUACACCGCCAUUUCAUUCAAAUUAGGCAAAGUAAACUCUUCACUCAUCCUCAAACAAAACCAACGAGCAGCUGUGAAACGUCGGCAAAGAACCAACCGAAUGCUAAUCGGAAUGGUCGUAGCAUUUUCGGCAAGCUGGUUCACCAGUGUAUUGUUCAAUGUGCUUAGGGACUAUGAUCGUUUACCGGCU